AUGCUGAUUGAUCAAGCAAACAGUGAUCCAGAAAAAGCAGAUGUUUAUCAUAUGCUCGGAUGGGUGAAAGAUGGUCAAGGUGAAUAUACCAAUGCUCUUGCUUAUUAUGAACAAUCAAUUAUAAUCAAACAAAGGACUCACUUUCCCUUGAACUCCGAUUUGGCUGCUUCUUACAAGAACGUUGGUGUCGUGCAUGAGAAAAUGGCUAACUACUCAACUGCGUUAUCAUUUCAUCUAAGAGCACUGGAAAUCUAUCAAAGAACUCUUCCUUCAAAUCAUCUUGAUUUGGCUAAUUCUUAUGAUCAUGUUGGUUUGGCAUAUGGCCAGAUGGGUUACUAUUUGGAUGCAAUUUCAUUUCAUCAAAAAGCACUAGAAAUCUACGAAAAAAAUCUUUAUCCAAAUCAUCCUGAUUUGGCUAUUUCUUACAACCAUAUAGGUUUGGUUUAUGGUCAGAUGGGCGAUUAUUCGAAAGCAAUUUCAUUUCAUCAAAAAGCAGUGAAAAUCUAUCAAGGAAAUCUUCCUACAUAUAAUCCUCAUUUGGCUACUUCUUACAACAAUAUUGGUUUAGUCUACAGCAGAAUGGGUGACUACUCGAAUGCACUUUCAGCGUACGAAAAAGCAUUGGAAAUUCGAAAAAAUAGUCUUUCUCCAAAUCAUCCUGAUUUGGCAACUUCUUACAAUAACAUUGGUAUAUUGUACGGUAAAAAAGGAGACUUUUCGAAAGCUCUCCUACUGCAUCAACGUGCUCUUGAAAUUGCAGAGCAUUCACUACCUAAAAAUCAUCAAGAUAUUCUGCUAUAUAAAAAUAACAUUGAAUUGAUAAAGAAAAUAUUGUAA